CCCGCUCUCCACGCCUCCUCAGUCGGGCUGUCUCAGUGAUGCGGGCUCCUGCACCGACACCCGACCUCCGAAAACACAGUCACACGCAAAAGCUGAAUGUGUAGAUAUCAUGCACUCACGUGAAACGCAUUCAUUUCUGGUUGAUCAAUUCUCGAAGCGACGCUCUUCUUCCUCGUUUCGGUGGCGUUUCUUCGCGUAUCUGAGAGGGGCGACUCGAUACAAAUAGAGCAGGAAUGUUUCUUCCGGACCCAAAGAGUGUAAAACCCGAAUAGAAGCCGAAGUGAACUGAACUGAUGAUGGAGCUCCGCCACGGCUGGACCUGUAGUUUCCGGCUCCAGCUCACCACCCUCUGAGCAACCCGCUGAGAGUUUCCCGAGACGAGGUGCAGCUCUCCAGCAGGGAUCAGGUUUGUAACUGUAUCAACGGUGUGACCCUCGCCUCACUGACUGCUGCCUAUGUUUGCUGGCCCAAUUCACUGCUGAAAUCCCUUUGAGACCCCUACCAGUUCCUUCAGACCUCUCCCUAGCUCCAUUACUCUUUCCACUUCACUUCUUAACAACUUUCUCCUAGUAAGACCCACGUUUUUUUAUUAAGAGUUGACCCCCUGAUACUCUUCGUUGGUGGAGUGUGGAGAGGAAGGAAGGCAUCUCAAAACCGUGCGGCUUCCCCUCGAGAUGAAGCUUCAGGCAGUCAUGGAGAACCUGCACAGGCAGCAGAGGGCCAAGCUCCUGUUGGAGCAGCAACUGCAGCAGCAGGCUGCCUCCCAUCACACUCAGGUCCGUGCAGAUGAGCCAUUGGGCAGCCCACCUCCUGAGGUGGAGCAGGCACAGAUGGCAGCCCUAGCAGCUAUGCGUGCUGCUGCUGCUGGACUGCAGAGAGUUUCCGUCAGUCCCAUGUCUGAGCACAGCAGCUGUGGCGAGGAGGAUGGGAAUGAUGAUAGUGAAGGAGAUGAACAGUACAAAGAUCUGAUGGGGUCAGAUGAGGAGGAGCAAAUAAAACAAAAAUGGGAUGAGGAGGACUUUGAUGGGGAGAUGGAAGAUGACUUUGAAGAUGACCUGGCUGAUGCAACUCUGCCGACAGGCCACAAUGCCGUAGUGCCAGGAAAAGGUAUCCUGCUCUUGCCCCACCGCCAGCUCCACCCUCACUCUCAGCUGCUAAAGGCACGACCCACUGUUGACCAGGAGCCCCCCAUGGCCAUCCUGCCCCCUCACACCAUGCACCACCUUGGUGGACAGGACCAUGGAGAGUGGACCUAUGAGGAACAGUUCAGACAGCUUUAUGAACUUGAUGGAGACCCAAAGAGAAAAGAGUUUCUAGAUGAUCUUUUCAGCUUCAUGCAAAAAAGAGGAACUCCGGUGAAUCGUAUACCUAUCAUGGCCAAACAGGUUCUGGACCUGUACAUGCUCUACCGGCUGGUGACAGAGAAGGGCGGCCUGGUGGUAGUCAUCAACAAGAAGCUAUGGAGAGAGAUCACCAAAGGACUAAAUCUGCCUACCUCAAUCACCAGUGCAGCCUUCACCCUCCGCACACAAUACAUGAAGUACCUGUACCCCUAUGAAUGUGACAAAAGAGGUCUAAGCAACCCCAAUGAGCUCCAGGCCGCCAUCGAUAGUAACCGGCGAGAGGGCAGACGACAGAGCUUCGGAAGCUCUCUGUUCAGCUACUCACCCAAUGGGACCCCGACCCUACUGUGCUCGCCGAAGCUACCACCAUCCACCAUGGGUGUGACAGUCGGCACCAAUGGGGUCUCACUAGCCCCAAUCCAAAAGAUCAAGAGAGAAGAAGGAGGUCAGCCUCUCCCGGGUGUCGGCAUGGCUCGUUUACCGGCCAGAGCUUUGACCGGUCAUUCGGUAGCAGUGGUGCAAGCAGCCGCUGCUCAGGCAGCAAUGGUGGCUCAAGUAGCAGCUCUGGAGCAGUUGCGGGACAAAUUGGAGACCGGGGAGCCCCCUGAGAAGAAGAUGGCACUUCCAGCUGAGGAGCAUCACCGACUGCUGCAGAGAGCACUCCAACAGAACCUGCUGGCCAUGACCGCACAGAUGCCCAUGAAUGUGCGCAUCAAUAGCCAAGACCCCCGGCAGGACUCGGCCAUGAACCUCACUACUAAUGGCACAAGCAGUAUCAGCAUGUCGGUGGAGCUGAAUGGAGUCAUGUACACUGGUGUUCUUUUUGCUCAGGCAGCAGCUGGGGCAGCUUCUUCUGCUGCCUCCGUUCCCAAUAAGGUGGUGAGCACUUGUGUUGCCCCACAUCGUCAGCAGCCACAUCAGCAGCAGUCCAAUACACCUACCUCAACCUCUGGCAACCCUUUGUCUUAACACCCGCCUCCCAAAACCUUGACCUCAUUUUCUAAAAAAAAAAAAAAAAAAAAAAAAAAAAAAUCUAUGCCAAGAAGAGAUGGCAUGUUGACUGAGUAGGAACUCAGAACUCACUUGAAACACACUCAGGUUUUCUCUCACCAACUCACCUCCUUUUUUCUUCAAAGCCAAACUGAUUUUGCAAACAGAAAUGCCUUGGAACCAGCAUGAGCUUCACAAAUAUGUUUGUACAACCUGUGAAUUAUUUCUUUCUACAUCAGUUAACAUAUACAUUGGAAAACAAAGGAAGAGGUGUUGACCUCUGACAGGUCAUUCACUGUUAUCUCACACUCUGACAGCAAAAAAACUGACAGCAGUGUUUCACCCAGGAAUAUAUUCUCUUCUUUAACUUCUAUUUCUUCUUAUCUUAUCCGUCAGAUCUUAAUUAACUCACUGCAGGAUGAGAGAAAUCUUUGUAUUUAGACCUUAGUGGGAAAAAGAAAGCAUCUAUUUUUAAUUUUUGAAAAAAGCUUUACGUUACGUGAUGAUCUUACCACAGUGAUUUCACUUCAUCUAAUAUUAUUCACUAAGUUACUGCUUUGUGAAGCAGCGGGUCCAGUUUGCUCUCUCGUCACGCAGCAUACUCCAUUGUUUUUGGAAUUCUUCGACGGUUUUGUCAGAGUAGAGAAUCCGAUUGUUGACAAAAGGCUAGUUCAGGUCAAAGCUUAAUGCUAACUCGGACGACAUUGGGAUGCAUACUUCUCCUUAGCGCUUUUACAACAUAAGAAGCUCUUAGAAUUUCACCCCCCACACUUAUAAUUGAUCCCCACAGUAAGUUUCGCCUUGCAUAGGGGAUGUUUUCGAUCUUGGGUGAUAUAUAAUCAAGUGUGACUAGUAACCUCCUCGUCAGUCUUACUCAACGUGUUAUAUGGCUAGCUACGUGAAUGUUGCACGACACAUUCAGACACCAAAUAUGUCCGCCUGUGGAAUGUUUCUGGGGUGCCGUUACAUCGUGCAGUUAUGGUCAGAUUAUUAAGACCUUGAAUGAUUUAACAAAGCUUCAAAUAAGAGGUGUUUUUCGUCUCACAUGAAGCAUUAUAUUAAUAAUAAUCAUUUUACACGCUUCUGUGUGUUUUGAAUUGGGGUGAUAUUCAAAUUUUUAACAUGUUUUGCAUUUGUAUACAAUGUCCUGAAAUAUUGCUGUUGCAGUACUAUUUAAUAUUUUAAUGAGAAAACAACACUUUUAUAAUUUAAGAAAAUUUCAAGUGACAAUGAAGCCCAGUUAAUAUCGAGCAUAGUCAUUUUCUCAUUGUUCAUACUACUUGACAAAUGUAAAUUGAAAUGAAGUGUAGUCUUUCAAGCUUGUCUACACAAUUUAUUAAUAAUCCUAUAGGAACCAUAAACAACUUACUUUAUACUGAGCAACUUCAGUUGUUUCUGCAAUGAUAAAUUAAGCUAAAAACCCUCACAUCAACCAGUCAUUAUUUGUUUGUCUGACGGGACACGAAAAUUUGAAAAUGAUCAUUUUAGAAAGAUUUAGAAAGAUUGUCUUUUGUUGAUGUGUUUUGUUUGUGGUCGAAAAUGCCCUCAAAUACUUAGUUACAUUUACUCAUUAAAUGGUUUAUUUUAAAUAUGGUCGUAACUGCAGGAUGUGACGUCAUCAGUUGGCCGGACACAUUCCCCAGCUGGACACAUUAAAUACCAGCACUGCUGUGGGCAAAGGGUGUCGAAGAUGAAGUUCUGUGUUGGUAAACAAAAUCUGCUGUGGUGCUUAUCCAAGCGACAAACAAUAGUUUUUGCCAUAUUUUAUGAUUUUUUUUCCAUUCAGCUAUCAUGUCUGACAGGCAGACUUUAUGUUUGUAAUUGUUCCCAAUUUCAUGCAGAGAGAUAAAGGAGGUGUCCACAUGGGACAUUCAUAUGGACAAUCAGGUGCCAGCAGUAAUUGACACUAGUCUGCACUCUAGUGUCAAUUAUGUUAUGGCUGUCACAUGCUUUUUAGUUGUUGUCUGGCAUGACGAUGUGCUUCGUUCUGGUCCUAGUGCUUCUUAUCUUGUAACGAGGACCAGGAAAUGUCUAGUGAUCCUCAGACUUUUCUUAUUCUCUAUGAGAGGAUGCUUGAAGAUAAUAACAGAAACAGCUGAAACAUGUUUGUCUGUCUGCAAAGGACUUAAAAAAAAGAAAAAAUAAAUCUAUAUCAGGAAGAAUAUUGAAUGUCUCUAAAGGUUGAGACGUGAAUGACAUUCUCUCUGUCUUAGACCUGAAUUUUAAUGAUGGUUUUACACUGGAUUGAUUUGGUUUUGACACCUCAUAAGUUCCAGCUAGUUGUGUUGUCACUCAAACGUUGAACCGCCAAACAAAAUUCAAUCAAUCCUGAUUUAAGGCUUUACAAUAUUUUUAGGUUUGACCCUUUGAACUUCUGCCUCCAUAAGCAACCUGUCACGCAUGUGCCCUUUUCUAUAGAGCGUUGUUGUCAUAUGUAUAUUGACCUGCACUGUCGAUAAGAAACACAACUCUCUCUUUUUGUGAGUGUAAAACAAGUUCAGGGAACGUCGAUGUUUUAAUGCGUGUUGGCGACAAUCAGGAUCACUUUUGCCUACACUGUAUACCUCCACUUGCUCUGGCAUCCCUUCAACUGCAGUGAAAGCGCCGUUCUACCUCAAAUAAUUUGAUUUAUUCACUCACGGAUCAUGCAAGGAAACCUCAUGUGAACAGCCUCAGUGCUGUUUUUAGAAAUGUAGCAGACAAUCUGAUGUCAGCGACGCUCGCUUUCAUUUCAUAGUUUGGACUUAAAGGGAACCAGAGAGCAGAAGCUAUAGCUGGAAGGUUUUGUAUCCACGCACAAUUAUUUAUUUCAUUUUCAUGGGCAGAAGUUUUAUGUGAAACUUCUUUAAUUACAAGCUGCCAUCUGUUUUUGUCUUUCCAUCAGUUUUUACUUGUUUUUGGUAUGUUUGCUCCUCAUAAGGGUUGCAAGACCCUCUAGAAACAGUCAAACACUAACAUUAUAGGUUCAGCAGGAAUGACUGGAUUGUAUACUCCAGUAAUGGAGGCGACAUUUGCCUUAGAGACAUUGUGUUUAAUUUGUUGGUAUUGCUGAGAAGUGAUGGGGAAAAGAGAACAGAGCAUGAACUUUCAAGUAGCCACUAUAAUGUUUAAAUUUUCUAACUUUGGAAGCCAAGUCAAAACACGAACACCCGAACUUUUGGGAAAACUCUUUUUUUUCCAAUUCAACUUAAUUCAGCAACAGCAAGUGAUCUGUUUCCUACAGCAUGGCGCCCCCUAGAGGAAGGGUGACUUCAGUAAUAUAUGCAAAAGACGGAGCAGCAAGUGUGCUUCUUGACCAAAGAAAUGUGGUUUUAGAAAAAAAGGAACGAAUACCGCUUAUAUUCUGCGACAAGAAAUUCUUUAGUGUGUAUGUUUACAUUGAAUAACUCAUGUCACACCACAACACAACUCUCCUAGUAGUUGUGAUGCAGUUCUGUUAUGUUCAGAGCUCCUAUUAUCGAUUUUGACAGCCCAACUCUGAAUAUUAGUGUUUGUUUUUUUUUAUAUAUGGUAUUUUCCAAGGUUUGCGGAAUGACAUUCACAUAGACAGAGUUUCUGCUCUCAGUGUUUUGAUAUUUGGCUGCAAUUAUUUCUUGAAUGGAUACUUCGAUCACACUUUUUGGGAAUGCUAAGGCGAAGCCUUGUGACUGGACUUGACCACUGGUUUCAGAUCCUGACUGCUGUGACAAGUGUGUGAAAUAACCUGUAUUACUCAUACAGUGUAUCUGAACUUCUUUAGGGCUAUGGACUUGCAUUAACAUUGUUUGGUGGCUCUUUGCUUUUUUCUCUUGAAAUGCUCUAGCAAAUGAGCACCCAGAGACAUUGUGUGGAUGAGAUUUAUUAUUAAUAGAAUCAUUAUUAUUAUUAGGGAAGUUCGUGGGCUUCUCCAAGUAACUUCAGAUUCGAAUCAAGAUUAUCUGUCUCUUAAACUUCUCAGGAAAAUCUACCUCUACCUCCAUUUGGAUCCAUUUAACCUGCAUGGGCUAAGAUAACACUUUACUGGGUAUAUGAAGCCAACAUAAGAAGAGCCUCUAAAGUGCAAAAUUGGCUCACAGUGUCAAAGAACAAGCCCAGUUUUAGAAAGAAGACAUGAGAUUGAAUGAAAACAAGUAUGGUGUGUUUUUGAUCAUUUAGGGAAAUUUCAGUUAAAAUUUCUGGUAACAGAUCAUGACCUGACUCUCUGGUGGACCUAUCUUUGGAAAGAGAGAGAGGCGACACACUAGGUCUGCUUUCAGUUAGUGCUGCAAGUUCUUCUCACUUUUGUUUAUUAAUGCGUGCUGAUUCCUCCUUUAUCUAGUCGUGAUCAAAUCUUUUAUGUUGUUGGAUGGGAUGUUUCCUGAUAACCACAGUUAGAAUGAAGUGGGCAGGCACUGCAACAUUUUUCUCCUAUGUUAUUGUGUUUCUUUGUUUUUUUGUUUUUUUUUUUAAAGGUAAAUAGCUGUCCUUGUCUAUUUCCUUAUUUGUGUUUGUGUGCAUACUAUAAUUUUGAUUCUGAAAUUAAUAAAAUGCCAUCGUAAAAUGUCAACAAAAGCCUGGACCUAUUUGUACCUUUGCCAUAUCUUGGAUAGUUAGGUUAAGGGUGAGAGGCUGGGGAAAGCAUGAUGUCAUGAGUAACCUCACAAUGUCCCCA